AUGACUGAGAUGAAGAUUGCAGUGCUGGGCGGUGAAGGUGUUGGCAAAUCAGCUCUCAUCGUCCGGUUCCUCACCAGGCGUUUUAUUGGCGAGUACGCAUCUUCCUCAGAGUGCGUGUACAGGAAGUGUCUGUCUGUGGAAGGGAGGCAGGUUCACCUGGAGCUCUAUGACCCCUGCUCUCAGGCCUGUGAGGGUAAGUCUGCUUUAAAGAGCCAGAUCCACUGGGCUGAUGGUUUCAUUUUGGUGUACGAUAUCAGCGACCGCUCCUCCUUCCUCGCCGUCAAAGCCAUCGUGCACCUGAUCCGAGAGCUGCACCGGGGAUCUGCCAAAAGGGACGUAGACUCGCUCAUAUUUCUGGUGGGCAACAAACAGGACCUGUGCCACAUGCGAGAGGUGCAACGUGAAGAGGGUCAGCGCCUCGCCGCCGAGUUUCACUGCCAGUUCCACGAGCUGUCGGUGGCUGAGCACUACCAGGAGGUGGCGCUCAUAUUCUCCAAGAUGGUGCAGAAGGCCAGCCUGGGCAGCAAGGCCAAGGAGCGCAGGAGACGCCCGAGCGGCUCCAAGUCCAUGGUCAAGCUCAUCAACAACGUCUUCGGCAAGAGGAGGAAAUCGGUGUGACGAGGACAGCUGUCAGUCAAGACUGGGACCAAUGGCUUCAUACCUUCAUCAUGUUUAGUGUUGCUGUUGAUUAACAUUGAACUGACUCACAGUUUAGAGGUGUAGCAACUGUCAGAA